AUGCAGUCGGAUUCAGAAGAAAGCCAACUGAUCCGACAACGACAUCUGGAGGCGAUCAAGGCUGCAUAUGCAGAGUUUCCUCCACUUCAACCGGCCACGCGGGUCAGAACCAUUGUGACCUUACCGAAUCCUGUCCCUGAACUCGCCAGCACCGUCCCUGACUCUCAGCAACCGCUGCCACUUAAUAUUAAUACAAAUGCCGACCUUGAGAGUCAGCUGAAUUCGCUUCCAUCUGCUGUUGCACUCAGCAAGGUCAUCUCUGUCGCGCAGAAGAUGGCGAGUCAGGACAGCGACGGAGCAACACAGGUCUUGUCGCCUUCACAUAUCGAGUCAAUCCUGAACAGUAGAAGUCGAAGUGCGCUUCAGCAACAGGAUGCAGUGCAGGACCGAGAUGAAGAAGAUGAAGAGGGCGAAACACAGUUCACGUUACAUGAGGGUGAUGAAGGCCAUAUUGACCUUGUGUCCAGUCUAGUAUCCCCGCGAGAAGCGGCCCACGACAACGAUUCGGAUCCUGUCGAUUUCUCACCCACCCAGAGCCAACGUGCGCUUUCUCAAUUCCCGGAAUCUCAGCGCUUCAAGACCCCAGCUACGGUUGGAAGAAAGAGGAGGCACAACGGAGAUACUGUCGACAGUCCUGCACUUCCUCGGAACCCGCUGCUGCGAGGUGGUGUCGAAGACGACGCUUUCUCGCUCGGUUUGAGCCAGGCCUUUGCGGCAACACAAGCAAACACCUCACCUCUCGUUGCAGACACUCAUGUAGAAUUGCCUUCCGAUCGACCGUCGCCAAACAUCCAACUGCAACCACGUCCUAUGACCGCCAGAAGCUCCUCCCAGAUGCGGUACAUCAUGUCGCCAUACCCAAGAGCAUCGACAGAGCCAGCCGCACGCUAUGUCUCCUCGAAGGAAUCGCAGGAUGAACGCAAACGUCAGGCUCUGCUAAGACAGCAAGAGAUGAUGAAUGAUCAGGACGACUCGGAUGACGCAUUUGACGAUGAGCCGGAUUCCAUAGUCAAGGAUCGCAGGCGACGCCAGAUCGACCAGCGCAGACAAGCGACUGUGAAGAGGCUGUCAUCUCCGCCUAUAGGGUCUGGAAGGGGCAUCGCUCUGUCCAAGUCUUCUCCUAUACGGUCUCCAAGUCACGGUUCACCUCGAAGUGCUCGCGCUACACAGCGUACAGACAUCCGUUGCGAGUCAAGCCCAACCCGCCGCCCAAGCUGUCCCAACCCUGACAACGAUAGUGAAGAGGAGACUGAGCAAGAAGAUAAUGCCGACAUCGCCGUUUCACGGUCGAGUCAAGGCCAGGGCGUUUUCGAAGAUGACAACAAGGAGAAUUACUCGGAAAGAGGAAGUCAAAUACCCGAAACUACUGCAAGACUCCAUCGCGUCACGAAUGACCUUCCUGCCGAAGCUCAGGAUAGUCCUUCUCUCCGACGUGGACAGGCAGUCAACGCUUCAAAGGGUGCAGCCUUACCGUACAGUUCAGGGCCUUUCGCCAUAGCAGAUUCUCAGCCAGUACAGCCACUGAGAGAGCGUGAAGAGACUAGUCCGGUUCCAAAUCCCGAUGAAGUCGAGGAAGGCAUUGACUGUGUGCCACAAUCCCCAUCGGUGGUGCUGCAACAUACAGAGAUCCCGUCAAAGAACGGGGCUGUCGAAGCCAGUGAAUCUGAUGAGAUCGACGAAGAGACAGCAAAAGCGGCCGCUGAUGGUGCUCCUCCACAGUUGUCCCCGUGUCAACAAGCGCGCAGUACAAUUCCGGAGACUAGUUCGAAUGAACAAGCUCAGAAUGGAAAAUCUUUAGCAAAGUCCGAUGAGCAGCAGCAAGGCUCCGACAGUCGUGGUCAGUACGAGACUGCGCAGACCCGGCCUCCGCCAUCAUCUGCAAACUCAGGCCAAGGCAACGGGGUUGAUCUGAGUAGUCCCCCCAUUGCCACCACCCCUCCGGGCCGCCGACGGAAACGCAUGGCCGAGAUCGCCGCCGCGCCAUCUCCCUUGAAAUCCCAACUGAGCUUUAGUGCUACUGAUGCUUUGAAACUCGAUCAAAACUUCCAAAGCCCUUUACGCAAGACACCGAGACUUGACCGGACGAUUUUGGAGGACCCACGGCCAGGUCGAUCACACUCUGACCUUCCUGGAAGCAGUGGGGUUGCGCAGUCGAUAUACGGGCCAGAGCACGAUGAGCCUGCAGUGCAUGAAGUGGAUGGGAAUGUCCCUGAGCCUAGAACCCCAGUAUCGGCAGUCGAUGCUGGAGGCACUCCAGCUCAUUCCGAAUCUCCUUUGGCGACGAACUCCCGCCCGGGGAAGAAAGCGUCAACAAACCCCAUCACGGCCCCAGAGACGCAAAGUCAGGCGCCACGCUCCACUGCUAGACGCGAAACAUGGGACUUGGAAGCGUCUCCACCUCAGACAAUCGUGCCAGUCAUCAAAACCUCGGGACUGAAACGAAAGGCCAAAGACUCUCCAAACGCAGACAACAAGACCAAACACGCCCUCACCAAACGUCUCAAGUCAUCCCGGACCAAAUCAUUCUCCAGGGUUGCUCCAGAGGUAAUGGAUUCCAAACCGGAGCAGGACGGCGCCCACAUCAUUCCAGAACCAACCGUAUCCGAUAAUGGCCAGAACCCUGGUACAUCGAAGCAUAUCGCACCUCUCACCGCUGAAUCAAUGAUUGCUCCAAACAUGGUUUUUGCAUGUUUCAGUGGCAAGACUCGCGCAUAUUAUCCUGCCUUGUGUCUCGGCCCUGCCAACGCCGAGAAUACUCGCUAUUUGAUACAGUGGGAAGGGUACGAUCCUGACGAGGUUGACGAAUAUGGUAUCCGAAGUCUCGACUUACGUAUCGGAGAUCAAGUCAAAGUCGAUAUGGAGGGAUUCCCCAAAGUGUCGUACGUGAUCCGUGGUUUCAAGGACAAUAUUGGGAAGGACACUGGUGCAACUGGGAAAGCCAACGCCAAUCCCGUCACAGACAGACAAGGGCACAAGACACUUUUAGUUACCCCAAGGCAGCGCAAGAGUCUCCCAACGAAGGUAUCGACCGACUCGGUCAAAGCGGUGCCCGUGUCUUCGAUCUAUUUGGACAACAACAUGUGGGGACAGAUGCGUGACCGAGUCUACCAGUACCGAGCAGUCGACCCAGUCUCUUCAUCAGGCAUCUCUACACCUCUGGAGCGACCGUCGACUCCGAGCACACCGGCCUCAAGAAAACGUCGAAACCUGACUGCCGUGGUACCAUCAGCGCCGUCAUUCUGUCUACCAGCUGUGCCGCCGUGCGACGGAAUGUUUGCGAACAUGGCAUUCGCGAUCUCUUAUGAGGACCCAUUGCGAAAAGCCACGCUCGUCGAACUCAUCGAAACCCACGGCGGUAUUGUUUUGCAAGAAUCAUUCCUAGAUCUUCUGGAACCGGACUCGACAGAGCUGAAAUUGAAACCGCAGUUCGACGACCUGUCGUUCACUGCACUUCUGACCGAGCGACACUCGCGCAAGGAGAAAUACAUGCAAGCCCUGGCUCUCGGUCUGCCGUGUUUGAGCGGCAAAUGGGUCGAAGCAUGCAUUCGAUCGGAUCGCUUCGUCGACUGGACAACGUAUCUCUUGCCUGCUGGUGAAAGCGCGGAACUUGACGGAGCCACAAAGUCCCGACUCUUGCCUGCUGCCACUGCCACUGCUAGUACCCAGGAAACCCAAGAUCCGGAACGCAAUGGCAGAGUGCGAGUGACCGUGAAAGACAUGAUGUCCUCAAGACCGAAUAUCCUGGGCAACUCGCGCGUCAUCGUCGUCACGGGCAAGGGCAAGGCGGAGGCUCGAAGGAAGCCUUACCUGUUCCUCAUCCGAGCUCUGGGCGCAGGCAAGAUCGAGCUGGAACCGGAUCUGGCUUCGGCCAAGGCGAGACUUGAGAUGUCAUUAUCGAACUCGAACUCGAGAUUGAGAUCGCUGCCAAAAGAAGAUGCUGAUGGUGAUACACAUGUGACAGAAGACGAUGACGGCGUGAACAAUGGCGAUGAGACGACCGAAUGGGUCUUUGUCGAUGACCGAGACGCCGCCGCUGCAAAGACCAUGUUCUCUACGUCUGUCUCGAUGUCGACUUCGCUGUCGGCAUCAGCGUCAGCGUCAAUGUCGAUGUCAGCAUCGCCAGCCAGCAUAAGAGCGACCAACAAAGAGAAGGACAAGGACAAGAGCCGCAGGAAAUCCAAAUCCCGGUUCAGAAAGAGCAACGACCACGACCAGCCGGCGACCAACCACAAUGACACCGGAACCAAAGACGCCAAGACCACGACUACGACGGUCGAGCUCAAGGUCAAGGUCAUGUGCAACGAAGAUCUCGUGCAGAGUCUGAUUCUCGGCAAAUUGUGGAUGGGUGGUCAGAUGUGCUCUCCGUUCAGAGCUGGGGUUGGUGCUGGGGCUGGGCUCUUGUAG